UAAAAAGCUAACAAAAAAAAAAAAAAAAAAGGAAAAAAAGCCUUUCCUUUUCUUCAACAGACAAAACGACUUUUCUAUCUCUCCUUUCCUAAAGCAAAACGCAACAACAACCAAUCCCCGACAAAUAUUCAUAUACAUUUUUCAAAAUCUUCAUUUCAUCUUCUCAAAAACAAAAAAGUUUGGAUUUUAUUGUUAAUUUGUGAGUUUUUCUGAUCUGGGUCGAUGGCAGAAUUGGAAAAUAACAAGGCCAAAUCAUCAUCAUCAUCAUCAUCUGGGUCGAUGUUCUUAAAUCGUUCGUUUACGAUGCACGGCACAACCGCAUCUGAUUCCAAUUCCGCCAAAGUUCGUCUUCUUCUUAGCAAUCCUUCAUCUGUUAAUCGAGCUGCUUCCAUUUCCAAAUUUUACAGUUCAAUUGAUUCCGUCAAAGGUAAAGUUAAAAAGCUUUGCAAUUUAUUUGAAUCAUCCAAAUCUUCAUCGUCUUCAUCCAACUUAACCAGUCCCAAAGAACCUUCCCCUAAGGUUGUUUUAAGACCCACCAAAUCAAUUGGGUAUUCGUCUUCGUUUUCUUCGAGCUUUAAUAACCCUUUGAUAAGAUUACCCGGAACUGAAGAUCGAAUCGUUGUUUAUUUAACAAGUUUGCGAGGAAUUCGAAGGACUUACGAGGAUUGUUAUGCUGUUAGGAUGAUAUUUAGAGGGUUUAGAGUUUGGGUUGAUGAAAGAGAUAUUUCAAUGGAUGCAGCUUACAAGAAAGAGUUGCAAAGCGUUUUGAAAGAGAAAAAUGUGAGUUUGCCUCAGGUUUUUAUAAAGGGAAAGUAUGUUGGUGGUGCUGAUGUGAUUAAAAGCAUGUUUGAAGUUGGUGAAUUGGCUAAGAUUCUUGAUGGGUUUCCAAGGAGACAACCUGGGUUUGUUUGUGAUGCUUGUGGGGAUGUCAGGUUUGUGCCUUGUGGGAAUUGUAGUGGGAGUCGAAAAGUGUUUGAUGAAGAUGAAGGUUUGCUUAAGAGAUGCUUGGAAUGCAAUGAAAAUGGUUUGAUUCGAUGCCCGGAUUGCUGCUCUUAAAACUUUGAUUGCUACAGGGUGUUGAGGUAUAUUUAGAAGCUUGUUUUUUCAUUUGUUAUCGUAUAUUGAUGAUGCGGUUAAUGGUUUAAUGUGUUUGUUAUGAAACGAUUCAUUAGCAGAGAGCUGAUGAUCGUUUGUUGUGUAGUUCAACUGGAUGUUGACAAUAAUAGUGUAAUGUAAUCAAAAUGCCGUAUUUGGUUUGGGCAUUUUGAUUGUCAAGGAGGUCAUUUAUUUCUCCUAUAUGAUAUUGUAAAUAUUUAGUGUUAUCUUAAUGCAAUGGACUUGCAUAUGUUGUAAGUGACAGAUUGUAAUGAGAACAGACUAUUAUUUAUGCUUUACUUCUGUUCUUGAAUUCAAUUUGUAGUUAAAUAAA